CCACAGUUUCCAAAAAUGGCCCGAAAUGCUGAGAAGGCAAUGACGACUUUGGCGCGCUGGCGGGCCGCGCAGGUGCAGGAGACGGGCGGGCAGCGCGAGCGCCGGCCCUACCUUGCCUCAGAGUGCACCGAUCUGCCACAAGCCGAGAAGUGGCGACUGCAGAUCGUCCGCGAGAUCGCUAAGAAGGUUGCGCAGAUACAGAAUGGUAUGUAUAUGAUCCCUCAAAGAGAACCAAGCAUACAGCGAGGUCCAAGCCCUCAACGAGAGCCAAGCGUUCAACGAGAACCGAGUAUUCUACGAGAACCAAGUAUUCAACGGGGACCGACCCCUCCGAAACAACCGAGCAUUCAACGGGAACCUAGCAUUCAACGACGAAACUCUUUAGUCGGAAGUCGACAGGCAUCUAUUUCAUCUCCAAGAAAAGGUUCCCAUACAUCGCCCCGCAUCUCCGUUAAAGGUUCACCUGUAAGGGGCAGUAGAACUCACUCACCGGUGAAACAAAUGUCUCAUGAUAUAUUAAAAAAUAAACUAAGCAUUUCCAACGCAAGUCAAAAAAUGGCAAGUAAAGAGGACACAAAAGAUACGAUUGCUAACCUUGAACCGCAAGGACAACGUAUUAGUAAACAUAUCGAGCAGUUAAAUGAUUCGGUGAAAAAACUGGCUUUGCAAACGUCUGGCUCACAUUCGGAAGCUUUAGACACGAAUAUUGAUAAAAUUGCAGAGAUGAGUAAAAUACUUACAGACGAGGCCAAUACUCUCAGGCAAUCUAUCAAGCAUUUGUCCGAGGACAUCUGUCGCACGGAGGUCGGGUUUGGAGAAUAUAAGGAAGACAUAACUGAUUUCCCGUAUCAUCUCUUUUUAUUAGAAAUCAUUAUCAAUAAAAUUCAAAUGAAAUGUGAUUGCUUCGAUAUGGACUGCAAUAAUCUCGUUAUAUCCGCACAUUUUCUGGGAAAACACCCCAUAGUAUUAUACGACUCUAAUACUAACGGCUGUGUUGAAGACUUUUUCAAAAUAAAUAUUGGAAAAUCGAUCAUGUUUGCCAUGACGUACGACAAAAUUUGUGCCAUCAAGGACUUUGAAAUCGUUUUGGAUUUGAACAAGCAACCUCCAUGUUCACAUUGUGUAACUAAAAUAGGAACAUCUAAGAUGGAUUACACUAAAGAAUUUUUGGCUUUGAGGGAAGAAUUAUGUAUGAAAUGGGCCGAUGAACAGCCAAAAGAUAAUAUUCUUUGCACCACAUCCACUCCGAUGCUCAAAAAUCAGUUUUAUAUACUUUGCAGCGAUAGCGAAGAUAACGAUGCGAUUGGUAUAAUAGAGGUGUCCGUGAGAAUGUCGUUCUUGGGCAAAGAGAUUACGACGGCAUUUUCCGCUUCGCCGACGCCAAAAGGAACCUCACGUCUGCUGAAGGAGGGCCACGGUAUGACGAUGUACUCUUGUCAAAAAGUGGAAAUGGAUGAACAAGGAAAAGUAUUAUUGGAUGAAGACGUUCUCGGCAAAAACAGCUGCAGACCUCUUACCAGGAGUGAUAGUCCGAUGUCAGAGAUGUCUUCAUUAUCCACUCGAAAACCUCAUUACACGGGCGGUUAUAUGGAUCACAAUAAUAUAGGUGGUAUGCCGAGAUACGAUGAAAUUUUUACAAAAAUGAAUGACAACGAGUUGAAAAUACGAGUACCAAAAAGCACGAAAGUGGAACGGGUUGGAAGAUACGAGAAAAUUCAAGAACUUUGUGAGUGCGAAGAGACGCCGUACAACACGGGAGACCAGAUACAGUUCCAGCUGCCUUCGGACAUCCGCAAGACAGACAACACAUACACGUCAAAUCUUAAAUACACCAUCGAUACUCCGGUUAAAACGUACGAUAAAAAGAACAGAAAAGUUAUAAAUGUUACACCUACAAACUGCUCCGUGCCAGUGGAUAUGGAGAAGAGGUUGCACCCACAAAAGGAUGUUUUUAUUCUCAAAAUUGGGAAAAAGCUAGAAACUAAAGACAAAAAGACCGACUUAGAAAUAGAACUUGUGACUCCUAAAGCUCCUGGGUCCGAUCCCGUUGAAAAUAAUACAGUCUCUCAACAAGUCAGCAAAACUAAAAUGAAGGAUAAAAAGAAGAAUAAAAACAAAAAAGGCGAAAAAGGAAAGAAAGCCACUGGUCUAGGCGAGUUCCGCAUCCGCGACUUGAACGACGAGAUCAACAAGCUGAUGCGCGAGAAGCGACACUGGGAGGUCCAGAUCAAGUCGCUGGGCGGGCCCGACCACGCCCGCGUCGGGCCGAGGAUGCUCGACCAGGACGGCCGCGAGGUGCCAGGCAACCGCGGCUACAAAUAUUUCGGGGCCGCUAAGGAUCUGCCAGGCGUGCGAGAGCUGUUCGAGCAAGAGCCGCCGCCGCCGCCGCGGCGCACGCGCGCCGACCUGAUGCGAGACGUCGACGCCGACUAUUAUGGCUACCGGGAUGACGACGACGGCCUUCUGAUCCCACUAGAGCGGGAGGCAGAGAAAGAAGCUAUAGCGCGAGCUGUCGACGAGUGGAAGAGAAAUAAAGAAGAGAACAAGGACCAGGACAUGCCCGAAGAAGAAAACAUUUAUCCAGAAGAUCCCGACGACAAACGAGUCGACGAUGAUGACGCGGAACCACAAAUCAUCACCUCUCACGUGGCCGUGCCCUCGCAGAAAGACAUCGAGGAGGCGCUGCUCAGGAAGAAGAAACAGGAACUUCUAGAACGAUACGGCUGCCUCGACGUCAAAAUGGAACAAAGCUGACAAACACUAAUCUAAUAUUCCUUUUUAAUUAUUUUGAGUGUAAUUGUGGAUGAGAACGAGAGGACUGAAAGAAAUAAAACAAAAUUAAUUCCAUAA